AUGGACUGCCUGUACACACUCUUGGACCAGAUGUGCCUUUGCAACUUCGAAGUCUCCAUGGCGGCAAUGAAUGCCACCGACUGGUGCGCUUGGAGCAACGUGAGUGGGUUGUACAGCAGCUUAAGUCAUUGCACUGAGAACAUCUCCGACUGCCUGAGCAUCCCAUGGCCCAACACUUUGGUGGAGCAGACCUUUGUGGACAUCCAUCAAAGGUUUUUCAAGGACUGCCCCAUGGAAGAGCUCAGCGACCCGGCGCCGCCCAUAGUCUUCGCUCUGGUCAUCACCCCCAUCCUACUCAUCCCUGUCAUGGUCAGUCUAGUGGUCCUCAAGACCAAGAAUGGAGACGGAAGCUCCUGA